GCCUAGAAGUCAGAGUCUGCGUCGCCACCAUGCCCAAGAAUAAAGGUAAAGGAGGUAAAAACAGACGCAGAGGGAAGAACGAAAAUGAAUCCGAGAAAAGAGAGUUAGUGUUCAAAGAAGACGGACAAGAGUAUGCGCAAGUCAUCAAAAUGUUGGGUAAUGGACGGUUAGAAGCGAUGUGUUUUGACGGAGUAAAGAGGUUAUGUCACAUCAGAGGCAAAUUGAGGAAGAAGGUUUGGAUUAACACCUCAGACAUUAUACUGGUUGGUCUACGAGAUUACCAGGAUAAUAAAGCUGACGUGAUUUUAAAAUACAACGCUGAUGAAGCUAGAAGCCUGAAGGCUUACGGAGAGCUUCCCGAGCACGCCAAAAUCAAUGAAACCGACACAUUCGGCCCCGGGGAUGACGAUGAAAUCCAGUUUGACGAUAUUGGCGAUGAUGAUGAAGAUGUUGAUGAAAUCUAAACUGAACUCGUCGUUUUACAUUCUAGUUUUUCUGAGGACUGUUUAAAGAUUUGGAUUUUGGUGGUGGUCUGUUAAGUGCUCUGUGAGGCCGUGAGGGGGCUGUUUAGCCAGUGAUAACAGCUGGAGCCUGCUGUGUUGCCAUCGAGCUGCC